GUUGAGGAAGCAAAGCACAGCAAGUUUGUGCAUUGCUUGUUUCUGUAUUAUUUUCGGAAAUACGUAGUAAACCUAUGUUAUUUAAAUGAAUCAAGUGAUCUAAAAGGUUUGCUACGGACAUUAUUGUUUGUUUUAACCAUUAUUGUGAUGUGAUUAAGUCUUUUUCAUUAAAAAUCCAAUUUGCGUUGUUUAUCUGACAUGUACUUAUGUUGAGAUUUCAUAAAUAGACAUUUCAUGUCGGGAUUGAAUUUAAAAAUAACAUUGGAUUGUCGCAAAGGGUCGGGAAGACUAAUCCCGCCUGCGCUAUGGCAUUUCUGGCACUGAUGAUGCCCCAGAAGAUGGUACUCUAUACACUCCUGUUAGUUGGAACCGCAUUGGCUGCCGUACCAACAGAGGAGAAUGUCCCACCUCGACCUAAAGAAGGAGGCAUAACCACCCGUUAUUGUGAAUUCUUCAAUGGCUCCAAAAUCUGUGACAAAGCUGGUAUUUGUGUACCGGCACCUCCAGAGAGAGAAGAGUGUCCGCCCACUGAGACAGAUAAGAGCAACCAUUGCUUUGUGUUGUGGCAAUUCAACAAUGUCACUAACACCGGAGAACCAAAGUUUAAAGGGUGCUUCCUUGACACAGUGUCUUGCACAGAUCGGAUUUCAAGCUGUCGUUUACACAACAUUAAGCUGCCUCUCCUCCAUUGCUGCUGUGAAGGUGACAUGUGUAACCAAAAUGUUACUUUCCCUGGCUUACAAGCUGUCCUGGCCCUCACUGAAGCUCCCCCAGAAAUAAUACCGGCAUCAGCCUUACCAACAGCUGAAGAUGACACCCGAGCGGUUAUCAUUUACACAUUGACUCCAUUAUUCCUGCUGUUUGCUGUACUCAUUGCGUGUUACUUUUUGUAUCGACGUCGCAAAGGCAGCUCAUUUGCUGAGCUUGCGAAUGGUGAGCCAUCAUUGUCCAGGCCACCAUCUGCUGGGGGAGGGAUGGAGAAUGAAGGGAUUGGCUUGGUAGGUCAAGUGACACUGUGCGAAGUACGAGCGAGGGGCAGAUUUGGUGCAGUAUGGAGGGCUAAGUUGGGGCAAGCAGAUGUUGCAGUGAAAGUGUUUCCGUUGCAAGACAAGCAGUCCUGGCUAGCAGAGCAGGAGAUCUACCGACUGGCGAGAAUGGAACACCCAGAUAUACUUCAUUACAUUGGUGUCGACAAGAAAGGCGAUAAUCUACAAGCUGAAUAUUGGCUCAUAACUUCCUAUCAUGAGAAGGGCUCACUAUGCGACUACCUCAAAGCCCACACUCUAACGUGGGCUGAGGCAUGGCGUAUAGCCGCCUGCGUCGCCCGGGGUCUAGCUCACCUACAUGAAGAGGGAGGGGAGAAGCCAGCAGUGGCUCAUCGCGACUUCAAAUCGAAGAAUGUCCUACUCAAAGCGGACAUGACAGCUUGUAUAGCUGAUUUCGGAUUAGCUCUGGUCUUCGUGGCCGGUCGAGGCUGUGGGGAUGCUCACGGACAAGUCGGAACAAGGCGGUACAUGGCUCCGGAGGUGUUGGAUGGAGCGAUCAAUUUCACAAAGGAUGCAUUCUUAAGGAUAGAUAUGUACGCGUGCGCUCUGGUGUUGUGGGAAAUCGCUUCUAGGUGCGCGGACGCAGGUACGGAGCCAAAAACGUUAUACCGUCUGCCCUUGGAAGAGGAAGUGGGUUCUCAUCCCAGCCUGGAAGAGAUGCAGGAGGCUGUUGUCCAAAGGAAACUGCGCCCUCACAUCCCACCGCAGUGGCGCCGUCAUCCGGGUCUGUCCGUUCUUUGCGACACGAUGGAGGAGUGCUGGGACCACGACGCCGAGGCGCGCCUGUCGGCGUCGUGCGUCCUCGAGCGCGUGACGGCGCAGCGCCCCUCCGCUCCCCCCGCCGCCCCCCACGCCGCGCCCGCCGCCCCCCUCGCCGCGCCCGCCGCCCGCCCGCGUCCCACCGCUGACACCAUCCCGCUGCUCAUCAACGAUUUGGUGGACAGCCAAGUAUGCUGACCUGUGGAAUUGCCGCUCAUACAGUUUGAUCUGUAGGUGAGUGUACAGAAUUUAAAAAAAUGUAAAAUAAUGUUCCGAACCUUAUCAUAGAGUAAUGUCAAAUUUAAGAUGGUAUUUGUAUUUCAAUAGUGAAGUUCAACUAUCGCCAAAGAAUAAGAUCGAUUUAUAAUUAAAUUUUCACCAAUUUAUCUAUUGCAAGGUGUAUAUGAACAUGUAAAGUUGCAUUUGAGUGGAUAAUAAAUUUUUCAUAGCCUCAUGUUAGUACAAUUUGUUCGGAUUAUAUAUUAUGAAAAAUUUUAUACUGACUAAAAAGUCACUUGAAAUAGGGUCAUCUAACUUUAUGCCACUACACGCUCGCAGUGAGCUUCAAAAAAGUAUCACAUACCAUGAGUAUGAAGGUUUUUGUCAAGGUAUAAAACAUAUUAUGAACUUGGAAUGUUACAUAUAAUUUUUCUAGUUUAGCCAUUUAACUAUGUAGCUAAUCCAUGUCAGCCAGAGUAAGACUCCUAUAUCCUCAAAAUUUCGUACAUUGUUUUGCUUUCAUUUCCAAAUAAAUUGUAAAAUAAACGAUUGAUGAAAUUUUCAUAAGAUUUCAUAAAAUAUGUAGUAUUGUUAUUAGUUUUUAAAGUAAAAAGAAAGUGUUUUUUACUGCAUGAAGUGAAAUCACAAAUUUUACCUAUCAGUCUUAACGAAAAAGUCUUUUGUCAAUAAUAAAUUUAUAUAAAUAAAUUCAUCUUCUUCUUAAUAAAUAAGAAUUAGGGAAUAGACAUAAAUACAUGUUUAUUUAGGGUACCCCGAAAGUUACAUUUGAGAAUUUCUGUUUAAAAACAAAAUAAUUUUUUUUUAUUGUUUUUAAAGUCGCCAUAGAAACAUUUUCUUUCGUAUUCAUAUAAACUAUCCGUCCUUUUCAUAGGUUAGGCAUCAAAAGAUUUGGUUGGCCUAUAAACGGAGUGGUACCUAUAGGCGCUACGCAUACCUAACGUAUUGAUUUGACUUCUUACUAUAUGAAUAUAAAAUGUGUGUUGUAAAUAAUUAUUGAUUGACUAUUUUGUUCUUUUCUCUUAGCUCUUGGCUCUUCUUUUAGAUAAAUAAGGGCUUGUUUCGCAUUAAAUUUGUUUUCAAACGUUCAAUCGCCAUGUCACUUUGACAGCUGUCAACUUAUGACGUCGCUUUGAAAGUAACGAAUCAAAAGGUUUAUUAAUAAAAUUAAAAAUUGAAUUAAAAUAGGUACCCAAUGAAUUUGCAAGGCGACUUAUACUCUCCGAACUUCUCAUUUAAUCCAUCUUUAACCAUUGUCAGCACUAUUCUGCAUCAGUACAAAUUAACUCAUUCACAGGGACAGUUCCUUAAACUUCGACCUAAUUGUCUUAAUACUUCUUCUAGUGGCAUUACUUCUUAAACUUAUUUACUUUUCAAUUGUCAUCAUGGAAUGGGCAGAGUUGAGUCCACUUUAUUUUAUUCAAGGCGUCAAUUAAAAACAAACUAUGAAAGAAAUCUACUGACUUGCCACUAGUUUGCAAUACGUCUGUCCGUACCAGUAAACUGUUAGAAGAUUUUUGGUAGCAUAUGGUAGACCGAUUUUGACGGUAUGUGGUAGUUAGAUAGACACAUUUAUUUCAACAUUACUAGUUUACAUCGGAUGUUAAUUUCAAUGGAGAUUUUUUUAAAUUAGAAUUGAAUUUGGGGUCCCCAUUUUUUUUAUUAUUAUAGAGUCAGUUAAAUACUCACAUAAUAGUGUAAAUAUAUUUCGUACGAAUGGAAUUCAAAACAAUUGUUUAUGAAAACAGAGACAAAUGUGCUUAUCUAGCUAGUUGCACAAUUCCGACUUUAAAUCUAUAGCGAUAAGGUCCAAUAAGAUGUAAACAUUUCUUAGAGAGACAAUUUAAUAAGGAAUUGCUGUAUCAAAGUAUUUAAUAAGUAAUUUAAAUAUAUAUUUUUCUCAUAUUAAUUUUUAGUACAUUAUUUUUGUAUAGAAUAAUCAAUUUAUAUAAAUUUUUUGAUUUGUUUUUAAUGUAGUUAGCCACUACGUGUAUUUGCAUACUGUAUUUUUAAAGCCUUUAAAUCGUAUUACUAAUGAUAUAUUUCUAAUACUUUUUUUCAAAACACAAUUUUGCAAAAACCAUUCACUUCGUUUUAAAGAGAUUUCACUAUUUGUGAAAUAUGUUGAGAUAAAAAAAAAACAAUAUAUUUUUAAUCCAUUUAAAGUGUAUUUAGCUUCAGUUAUUUCAUCUUGCAAAACUUGCUAUUUUAUUACAUUUGUAAUAUUAUUUUUAAUUUUUGACGUGUAAUAAUACCUAAUUAUAUCUUCGUCUUAGGGAUUAAAUAUAAAUUGAGAGAUGAAUUCUUUAUCGCUGAAGCUAUAUAAAUGUAAAUAUUAACUACAAUUUUCUUGAUUGGCCCCCGUUUAUAUAUUUUUUUUAAACUAGUAUGACGUCAAAAUCAUUAAAUUGUCGGGUUUUUUUUCUGUGUAAAGAUUUCGUUAUAUUUUUUUUGCAUUAGCUUUACGCUUGCCUUACUCUUCAAAUCAAUAAUUUUUCAAGAAUCAAGCCAAUCAAGAAUCUAACUUCUAUUGAUUUAUGGUAAUUGGCUUUGGAAACGUAGAACGUAUUUUUUUUAAAUUAAAGUUUUGAUUUGCAGAAAAUAUUAUUAACUGAAUGUUGAAUUCAAUUAAUAACUACUUAUUAAAAUAUUGUCUUCCUGCACUAAUGCGCUUAGCUGGGUGGUAAGGUAAAGGGGUAUACCCCCCCCCCCCCCGUCCAUUAUAAUGGACGGGUCUUGCGAGUCAGUUCAACUUAAAAAAUACAAAAAUAUCUUGCUCUGGUCCGCACUUAGGCCAAGGUCAAAUAAUAAUAUGUACGAAAGAGUAUAACUAAAGUAUGUUGUUGUCUCUUUCGCACAUACUUAAUUGUUGUUUUUCAUCCUACUACCGUAGAUCAAACUAUGUUUUACUGAAAAUAAAGAUAUUAUCCACCAUUCACGAUAAGACCGGCCCACUAAAAAUUCUUAUAAUGUAAUAUGUUCAUUUUUGAGUAGGUACCUUAACAAUAAAGUGUUAAUAAUCAGCAGGACUGAUUUAAACAAAUUUAUGUACUGUAUUCUAGGAAAAAAAAAUGUAUCUAGGUACCUAUCGUUGAUCAUACCAAUUUUUUAUUUCUAAAAUUUUUCAAGUAACUGACAUUUAACGAAAUGAUAAUUUCGGCCUAAAGUCGUACAAUAAGUCGCCACUAGUUAUUUGGUUUUAUUUUGUCAAAAUAUUUUAGUUUACGAUGCGUAAGCAUAAGGCCAUUAGCAAGACUGCCUUAUUUUAUUGUUUAUUUUUAAUUGGCUUUUCUUUUAGUUGAUAAUAAUUUAGCGCUAAAUGAUAUGAAAGCAAUGAACUAGUAUAGAUGUAACACGGUAAGUUAGCGCUUUGUCAGUCUGUUAGUAUAGUCGCGUAAUUUUAAGCCGUUAUUCGAAAAGUACACCCUUAAUAAUUUUUUUGCCUAUUUUGUAAAUGGUUUCGUAAAUAUGUAAUAACUUUUAAAACUUAAACUAUCCACGUAAUUAUGUUUUGUAACUUCUUUAUUUUUUUUAUUAUAGUCACGGGGCUAUACAUUCUCUGAAAAUCCUUCAGUUUCAUCUCCUCGUGCCGCUCUAGCACUGACGACGUUUCACUGUCAAAUAAUGAUGUAUUCAUAGCCUUACCAGCAUUCUGGCUCAAACAUGGCAUCCCUUACCUGACGACACUUUUACCGUCUGUUCUUCUAAAAGAUCUGUUGGAAGAAAUGAGACGGAGAGCACGACUGGACUUACACUUACUGCCCAAAACAGAGCAUAUUUGAAAGAGGAAUAAACCAAAUUGGUCAAAGAAGCCUUUUGCUGAUGAAAUAAGGAAGCCACUCUUUUCACCAAGAACUUACCUACAUAUGUAUGAGUAUAAUGUAUCCUUGAUCUCAUAUUUCAGUAUCUGUACAAAAAUAAAUUUAACCUAUUUCUUUAUUUAAUUUAUUUCGAUAAACAUUUACAAAAUAGGCAAUAAAAUACUAUAAAUCUACCAGAGAGUACAUAAUUUAGACGAAAACACUGUUAUAAAAAUUAAAGAUAUCAUCUACGAAAUAAUGUAAUUUUCAGGAGAUAUCUAAUGUUAAAUAUGUGGGUGGCACUACUUAGGAGUAAAUUAUUUGAUUCUAAACAUUUUUGGAAUUAUUAUGUGUCUUUAUUAUAUUUUUAUUUGACAGCCUGACUGCAAAAAAUCCUAAUUUCGAAUUAUCACACGUACCCAACCCAUAUUGUAUCGUUCAGUGUUAAUCUCACUUUAGUUUUGAAUUGAUAUUUUUGCUUCAUCUUGUAAUAAUCGUUGAAGUGCACAAAAUAAAUGAUAUGUCGCAUCUUCUUGCUUAAUAUUUUAACGUGUAAAAUCAAUUGCAGUCAGGCUAAAAAUAUCAGUUUUAUAUCAUUGAAAACAUGUGAUUUAUAGACUAUAUAAUACGCAUAUAUCAGAGGGAAUCGUUCAUUUGAUUUCCCUUCGCCCGUGUGCAUAUCACCACACAUAGACUAAGAUAAAAGUUGCCAAAUGUAAAUAGUUUUAGCAUAGUAAUUUUGUCUAAAUAUCUAUAAGUUGUGAACUCAUGCAACGCCAAAAUAGAACUCGAAAAAUAUAUCAAUUUGUAUGUUGCAUUUAUGUUAUUUAGAAUUUUGGAAUAACUUUUUUUUUUAGUACAUGCACGGCCUAAUUAUGAAAAUUGAGUGCCAGUGAGUUCACAACUGCAAUGAGGGUUGGGGUGCCUACACACAUAUCUUCGUUUAUAGUCAACGUCUUUCGUUUUAUGAAUACUGUUAAACGUUUAGAAAACCCCUUACACUAUGCGGGAUACGAUAUGAGACUCCCUAAUGUAUUUUUUUAGUCACGGCAUAACCUUGAGCAAACACGGUAGACAGUGUAAAGCCUUUUCAUAUAAGACCCAAAUGCCAGAAAAAGAUUCUGUUUAAUAAGAAUACCUACCCCACAAAGGUAUGUGUGGGGCCACCCUAUUCCAGUAUUGUAUAAAUGUGUAGUCGGUCUGUAGCGUUUUGUGUAAUCGUUCGUCGGCCUCGUUUGCAAUCGAGCGCCAUCUUUAUUUUGUAUUUUUUUCUUUUAUUAACAUAGACGUCUGUUGGAACUUGAUGUAUCUACGUAAUAAAAUAUAUUUUCUAGACAA